UCAACGCAUGCGCAAUGCCCCGUGUCUGCUAAGACUGUCGUACAACACGAAAAAAGGCACCGAAUUGAUUGCUAAUUACUCAUAAUUGUUGUUAAUUGGGAUAUCGGAAGUACUCGGUAGAUGUCUUCGUAGCUGAAAUAUUUCAUCAAUUGUCUGUGAUGCAAGACUAAGAACAGUGACGCCCAUUUUGGGCGGACUGACUGUGAUGAUCGGACCAAGAAAAUGGCGACUGCUGCUGAAGUUAGCCAUUCUGAAACCAAUUUCGCUCGUAGUGAACGACAAGAAAUGAGUGAAACAACCACCACAGGGCCUGCGAAAGACAGCGCCAAGCCCAAAGUUACACCAAUAGAUACAAAUGCAGUGGGCACAGGGAUGGGUCCGCGGACACCGAUGUCCGUGUCUGUCCGUGAGAAAGAAAAGAAGAUCGGACACAGAAGAGUGGACGAGGAUGGCAUCGUCACAUAUAAGAAGAAACCGACAUCUGAGUUGAUGACAGCCAUCCAACUUGGAAUUGGACAAAGUGUUGGAGCAUUAAGUUCGAAAGCAGAACGUGAUGUCCUCAUGCAAGAUUUCGCUGUUGUUGAGAGUGUCUUUUACCCAAGUGAGGGAAGCAACUUAACUCCAGCCCACCACUGUAGUGACUUCAGGUUCAAGACGUAUGCACCUAUCGCCUUCCGAUACUUUCGAGAGCUGUUUAAUAUUCAGCCCGAUGACUUUAUGUUAUCACUAUGUGAUGAAGUGCUGCAAGAGUUGUCAAACCCAGGAGCCAGCGGUAGUAUCUUCUACAUCACCCAGGACGAUGAGUUUAUCAUCAAGACAGUCCAACACAAGGAGGCGGACUUCUUGACUAAACUGCUCCCUGGUUACUUCCUGAACAUAAGCCAAAACCCAAGGACUUUAUUGCCCAAGUUUUAUGGCUUAUAUUGUUACCAGUGUGGAGGUAAAAACAUUCGAUUUACAGUCAUGAACAAUCUCCUACCAUCUUCGAUCAAAAUCCACGAGAAGUACGACUUGAAGGGCAGUACAUACAAGCGGAAAGCCUCGAAACACGAACGGUUGAAAGAAAGCCCCACCUACAAGGACCUGGAUUUCAUUGAUCUCCACCCCGAGGGCAUUCUACUGGAGAAAGAAACCUACGAUGCCUUGAUAAAAACAUUACAGAGAGACUGCAGGGUACUUGAAAGCUUUAAGAUCAUGGACUACAGUUUAUUGGUCGGGGUGCAUAAUCUGGAUUUGUCCUUACGAGAAAAGGGAAUCCCAUCCCGAGGGGAGAGCGGGUCGGCGCCACCUGACACGCCCAGCGCCCUGAGUGACGGUACUAGCAGCACGGCUCCUAGUGGUGGUGGUGGUAAAUCUCUGCAACGAGGCAAGUCUUUCAAGACAAAGAUUGCACAGUAUUCCACAGCAAUGGAGGCAAUCCGAUUGAAUGCAGAAACAGAUGAUUUUGAAGAUGAAGAUGUUCCACCUGGUGGCAUCCCAGCCAAAAAUUCCAAGGGUGAACGAAUAUUGUUGUAUCUUGGUAUCAUCGAUAUUCUGCAGUCUUAUCGCCUAAAGAAGAAACUUGAACAUACCAUGAAGGCAAUCGUCAUAGAUGGGGACACCAUAUCCGUUCAUCGACCCGGCUACUACGCCAACAGAUUUCUGUCAUUUUUCGCAAAUCGCGUAUUCCGGAAAAUUCCAACCCCUCUCAAGCAUUCUCCCUCCAAGAAGAAAGGUCAGGCGGGUCGAGCUCGAGCGCAGACAACAAUACCUGAACAACCGGAACCUGGCCCGUAUGAGAGAAAGCUGAUCGAGAAAACACAGAGGACCAUCAGCUUCUCAGAUGAAACUGCUCCUCUGUCUGGCAUGAGUGGGCGGCCUGACCUUCUCCCGGACACAUCAACGCCGCCUCAAGGUCACUUCUCACCUGUCACCAAUCAAAACUCAUCAAAUACCUCACGAUACUUGGACUCACGCUCACCCAAUAAUGACGGAAGCGGGGAUGGCCGAAGGCCGUGGUACAGAUCAGAGUUGAUGACAACAACAUAUCCUCAUGACGACGUGACACCACGCUACAUGACUACAAUACGGAGUUCUCCGCCCCUGAGUCUGUCUGAGUCGACUCCCACGCACACGGAACACACUGAAGGAACGCCCAGUUUCACAGCUUCCAGUCCCAGCUGUUCCAGUGAUGUUCUGGGUAAUGUGGGCAGCACUUGCACAUAUUCUGUGAUGAAUAGUGAUAGAGACUUCGGUCCAUCACCUAUGUCCUUAAGUCCAGAGCAGUUAUCACCUUCUAAGAAAACCAACAGCAGCACAGAUGCGUCUUACUCAAGUGCAUUUGAAAACCCGGUGAUAACCUCGCCAGGUCAAGGAACCACUGUGGACAAAGAGGAAGUGCGCUCGGUGUCGGUGGCCAAGGUAUCCAUCAAUUCCUCAUCAGUCCUUGCAAACUCACACACACACUCACAGAGAAGCAACAGUAGCCUUGGCCCAUCUAACCAACAAAAAUCACACACAAGCCAGUCAAACCGCUCGCUUUUUACUAAUUCCGAAAACUCUGUAACUACGGUGACAAGCUCCAGUGACACGGACACUGACGUGGUUACCAUAGCAGCAUCAUUGCAAGAUUUAGACGAUGAGGGGCCAAAUUAUUCUCGGAGAGGCAAAGUUUCAAAACGGAAACCAGUCAGUACAAAAGAAAUGCUUAAGCCAGCUGUAGCUACCGAAUUAAAGAGACCUAAUUCGGAGCCGAAUGUUGCCGCCAUGUGGCAACGGAAUGCAGUUGGACGGAUGUCACUGCCAGGGUCAAGCAAGCUAUACGGACAUGUUGUUCCAAAUAAGGCGAACAUCAGCGAAGCAGCAGACGAUGGGGUAAAAAACAGGAUUAUUGAAAUAACCCGACUUUGACACUAACACGUGAAAGUAGAAAAUUUUGCUUGUAAAUAAGUUCGAGGCUUUUUUAGCUUGAGCUAUAUUUGGACUAAUAAUAGCACCUUGUCAUUCUGCUAUACUGACAGUUUUAGCUUAAAUGUAGGCAUCUGUUUUUUUAACUAUAUAAAAAACAUUAAACACGUUUUUUUAGGAGAUUUCUCGGAAGAAUAGUUGGUUGAUGUGAUAAGAGUAAUGAAAGAAAGGGUUUGUUUUUUUAAUGAAAAGUCAAAAUGUGCUUUCCUUGCCUUAUUUAAAUAAUUGGCCUGACCAAGGUUUGUUUAGAAGGAAACAUUAACUUUCUCAAAUGUUCAAUUUUUUCACAUUUGUGAAUAUUAUUGUGUCAGCAGAUCCGUUUACCAAGUUAUAAUUAUUUUUUAAAUGCCUUAGCUGUUAGGGAUGACAAACUCUGUGAUAUAUGUGUGAUUCUGGAUCUGUGAGUGAUGGAGCUGAUGGGUACCUCAUUUUAUGUGCAAUUUUAAAUCAUCCUAGAAAAUCAGACAUGUUUGCACAGCCAUACUGAAUAUUACACAGAUUUUGUAUGAGAGAAACCUUUCUUAAGAUCGCUUGAUCUUGGUUUAGGAAUUUUUAACUUUUAUGAAACAUAAUUCUGUUUAUCAAAGUUCUGGUUGGCCCAGAGUGAAAAAGUCAGUAGGUCCCCAGUACCUUGUGUGUCAAGGCUCUGAGCAUUUGUUUUCUUCGGGGUGGCAGCUGGUUUUUUAUUGAAAAAAUAUUCUUUGUCAAACAACUAUCCUUGACCCUUCUCAUGGAUAUUUUAUGGUUGGUUACUAAGAUACAACUGGUGAUUCAGUUGUAUAAGUUAAGUUACUUCCCUUUACUACCAGUAUUGGCUGGUAAGAAAUGCAAAUGUGAUCCUGAUUAUGUUCCUGAUCCUGAUUCUGAUUUUGAUCAUGUUCCUGGUCGUGAUCAUGUUCUUGAUUGUGAUCGUGUUCCUGAUCGUGAUCCUGAUCCUGCUCGUGAUGCUGAUCCUGAUUCUGGUCGUGUUCCUGAUCCUAAUUCUGGUCCUGUUCCUGAUCCUGAUUUUGGUCGUGUUCCUGAUCCUGAUUCUGGUUGUGUUCCUGAUCCUGAUUCUGGUCGUGUUCCUGUUCCUGAUUCUGGUCGAGUUCCUGAUCCUGAUUCUGAUUGUGUUCUGGUCGUGAUCCUGAUCCUGAUUUUGGUCGUGUUCCUGAUCCUGAUUCUGGUCGUGUUCCUGAUCCUGAUUCUGGUCGAGUUCCUGAUCCUGAUUCUGAUUGUUCUGGUCGUGAUCCUGAUCCUGAUUU